GUGCGGGAUCACGAGGCCGCCCCACAGCCGUCCAUCCUAUGAUCCGUAGGUACGAAGUUUCCGCUGCCGCAAGGCGCCACUGCCAGUCGAUGCGUACUAGCCACGGCCAGGGCAGCAGUACACUGAAUGCCGAUGGAGCUUGCCAAAAAAACGGUGCGUCGCCAGGCUGUGAGCCGCGGCGCAAAAGUGGCGCCUUGCGAGGCCCAGGCGAGCUCACCAAAGAAAGAAAGACAAGCAAACGGGCCGGACGGACGAUCGAUCGAACACGCGCACCGCGCACGCACGAGUAGCCACCGGCACCGUCCCAACGGACGGCGAUUAAAGGCCUCCUUAAAAGCGCGUCGUCUCCCACCGCUCCGCUCCCUCCCUCGCGAUUCGAUCCAUCACCACCGUCUCGACUAGCACGACCCAUUUCCGCCGGCGGCGCUGCUUGCACUGCUAGCACGGCGGACGUCCCCAGCGCGAACGAGCAGGUAGAGGUAAGCAUGGAGCGCAUUGGCGAGGCCCACCAGGUGCACCAGCUGCAGCAGGUCCAGCAGCAGGGGGUGGCGGCGGCGUCGUUCGGCGUGGUCGAGCACUCCGUGGUGGCGGCGGCGGCGGCAGCCAAGCCGAGGGCGCCGGGGCUGCCGCCGACGCCGCCCGCGUCCUUCGCCGGGCAGCAGCGCGGUGCGGGCGGCGACGUGUGCAUGGACGACUCCUCGGGGGCGCCGGGGCGCAAGCAGGCGCAGGUCGUGCCGGCGCACCGCCGGACCCGCAGCGACGUGCCGUUCGCGGGCUACUUCCCGCCGCCGACGCAGCAGCUGCCGCAGCCCAAGGCGGAGGCCGGCGGCUGGGGCGACGGCAGCGGCGGCGACGACCUGUUCAGCUCGUACCUGAACCUGGAGGGGAUGGACGUGCUCAACUCCUCGUCGCCCGACAGCAGCGCCAAGGCCGACAGCAGCGAGAACGGCGACUCCGAGGAGUGCGCCGCGUGGGGCGCUGGCGCGGGCGUCAAGAGGAGCGCCGCCGGGGAGCCGGCGAUGGCCGGGCGGCACGCCCGGAGCCUGUCCGUGGACAGCCUCAUGGGGCGGCUCAACUUCGCGUCCCCCGGCGGCGCCGCCAACGGCGCGGGCGGCAUGUUCAGCCUGGAGUUCGGCAGCGGCGAGUUCUCCCCCGCCGAGAUGAAGAAGAUCAUGGCCGACGAGAAGCUGGCCGAGAUGGCCCUCGCCGACCCCAAGCGCGUCAAGAGGGUGCUGGCGAACCGGCAGUCGGCGGCGCGGUCCAAGGAGCGCAAGAUGCGGUACAUCGUGGAGCUGGAGCAGAAGGUGCAGAUCCUGCAGACGGAGGCCACCACGCUCGCCGCGCAGAUCAACCUCCUUCAGCGCGACUCGUCGGCGGUGGCGACGCAGAACAACGAGCUCAGGUUCCGGCUGCAGGCCAUGGAGCAGCAGGCGCAGCUCCGCGAUGCUCUGAACGACGCGCUGACAGGCGAGGUCCAGCGCCUCAAGAUCGCGGCGGUGGAGCUCGGCAUCGGCGACUCCUGCUCCUCCAACGCCAUGGCCCAGCAGCACAACCUCAUGUUUCAGCACCAGCAACUGCAGGCUACACCCAUACCAUUCUACCAGCUGCAGCAUCAACAACAGCAGCAGCAGAACGGCACAGCCAACAAGCAUGAAUCAAGAGAGUGAUGGCGAUGAUCGCAGAGGCAUUUGAUUGGACUAGAGAAGAAACAUUGCAGAUUGCAGACGCCAAAGGAAAACUUUGGUUUAGAGUUGAACUGUGAAUUCAUAUGGUUUUAUUGACUCUUUUGUUUUAAUGUCGUCGUUAAUAAUCGUAAGUUUUUCCAGGCGGUGAGCCCCUGCCUGUACUUUCUUUUUUCCUUCUUAUUAUGUUCAUUGAUUCUGUGGAUAUGUUACCUUUCAGUCACCAAAACUGGUGGAGCAGUAGUUGAUUUAAUUAAUAAUAUAUUCUUUUGUAGUA